AACCCCCACCUUGAUUUUUCUAGUAGUUGCAUCAUAGUCCACACUCUUGCCAUCAAAAUAGACAGCAUUUCUCAACUUCCAAAUAUCAUGUAUGGUACUCAUUGUUGCUAAUCUCCAAAUAUUUCUCAGAUCCGAAACUCAGAAAUGGAGCUGCAAGAUAAGAUUUCUCAUGUUAAUGUUCCUGAAAGCUCUUCUAAGGGCUUCGACACCCCUCAAAUUCUCAAUACUGGAAAACCAGUUGAACAUGUAGAUAUUGAGGAUGUUACGGACGAGGAGUUUCCUCCGCUGAACUGCCCAGCCCCCAAAGCUGUUCCUCAGACAUCUGGUAAUCUGCAUUCUAACACUCAUGAACACUAUAUAACUGCAUUUCGAACUUAUGUUAAGCAUUUGUUAUCGUUGGGGAAAACUGAGGAAGCCAUUGAAGUUGCUCUGAAGUAUAGUCCUAAAUCUAUUCAAACUCCAUUGUUAGUUGAAUCUGAGAAAUCUGCUGACCUAUUUGUUGAACCUGAUAAAUCUGUUGCUCUAUUUGUUGAACCUGAGAAAUCUACUGGUGGAAUUGCUAACUCUACUGUUAAGAAAAAUACAGUAAGUAUUGAUAAUGGGAAUGAGGUUCCAAAAAUAUCUCCUGACAAAAAUAUGUCUCAGUCAGAAGCAAAAGCUACUCCCAACCUUAACAAAAACCAGGUUCAAACCAAAACUAGUGGACAGAAUGAUAAUAGGCCUGUUGGUCUUCCCUCUAGACUCAGUUAUGCACAAACUGUUACACCUCAACAGCAAACUAAUGGGGGCUUGAAGCUUGUUUUACCUGAUAGAAAUAUUAUCAUGCAUAGAGACACUCCUACUGUUCGUUUUGCUGAGGAAGAAGUUGAACACUUUUCAAAAGUUGACAGAUUUACCUUGGUUGGGAAAUUUUCACAUGGACAACCCAAAUUGGAUGUGAUUAAAAAGCACUUUGCCACACAGUAUUUGCUCAAAGGACAGGACCUGCCAACAUUAAACCCCCAAGCACCUGAAUUUAAUCCCACACAAUAUGCACUUGGGGUUCUUAAAGAAGUGCCUUUACAGUCAAUUGACCAAAAUCCACAAAAUAUGAGCAUAUUAUUCCCUGUGAUACCCACCAAUGAGAUCCCUAAGCAGCUAACUUGUGGUGAGAACACUUUAGCCAAAUCCAUCCCAUCUAAUACAAAUGUAAUGUUGGAAGAAAUAGAUCCUGGACCCCAAACUGCUGAGAAUGCUAUUGAGGAAGUCUGGUCAGAUGAAGGUUAUGCUAGUCCCAUUGGAGAAGAAGACUCCUUAUCUUCACCAGUGUUUGAUCCUAAAUCAAAAAAGGUUUUAAAUGAUAUUUCUCUGGAUGUUCCUGCAGCAAACACCAGAAAGGGUUCAUCUAAGGCAAAACCACACAAAACCCCUACAACUAAGAAGUCUGGCAGGGCCAGAACUUCUUCUCCCCCUCCACAAUAAUUUUAUGGAUUCCACACUUGUGUGGAAUUUCAUGAAAGCUAAAUACUGUUCUAGGGUUCAUCCUGUGGCUAAAGUUUGGCAAUAUGGUGAAUCUCAUAUUUGGAAAACAAUGACUCUUGUUAGAUCUAGGAUUGAGCCAUACAUCACCUGGAGGGUUUAUGAUGCUUCUUUGAGUUUUUGGUGGGAUAAUUGGACUGGAUUGGGACCAUUGGCAAGGGUGACUAAUCAGGCACAUGGUAAAUAUUGGCAACAACCUCUCAAGGAGUACUUAAUCAAUUCAUCUUUCAACU